GCUAGGGAGGGGCACAGCCCGGCGGAGCGCGAGUUCGCUGUUCCCGCCCACUUUGUGGCCCCUCCCCUUCCGUGCCUUGGCCCCUCCCCUUGCCCCCCCCUAGUUUUGAUCCUGGGUACGCCCAUGUAGCUGCAUAAAAAUAUCAGGUCACAACUUACCAGCACAGUUCACAGAACCCUAAAGUCCCAUUGUAAAAUUAACAAAGCACUUGCAGACCUGGCGUUAAUUUAUUGCAGUAAGGACAUGCCUAAUUGAAACCAAUGUGAUCGUUCCAAAUGUAAGAACAGAGGACUCCUGAGUCAGAGGUAAGCCACUGUAGGAAGGGGGUAUAGAUAAUACAUGCAUGACAGUUGCUGGGUACCUGAAGAAAUCCAUUACUGUACCAGGUUUCUUCUAGACAACAACUUGGAUGAUGGAAAAAAGUGAGAAGUGGAAAUCCAAUAGAAUUCAUGCCCAGAUACAGAUUGUAAGCAGAAAUUGGGAGCCAUUGUAGCCAAUACUGGCUUGGCUAAGGGGAAGGUGGAUUGCAAUCUGAAGAGGGAGAGAGCAGAACACUUUUAAGGCAUUAAUAUCUUAAAAAGGAGAAAUACCUAUUGCCCUUUGGCUGGUUUUUUUUAAAAAAUAGAAUCUUCAGUUACUUUAAGCAUGCUAACGAAAGGCACAGAUGAAUAAGGUGGUCGUAAAAUUCAAAUUGUUAGAGGGAUGCAAUGCAGAAUUUGAAAUUCUGCUGUGUGCAGACCUUUCAGUGAAUCCUCCUUAAGCCAAAAUAAUAGUAUAUAAAUCAUUUUGUUUCAAUUGACUGAAAUGGGAAUCACUUGAUUUUUAAUGGAGUGCUUGGAUUUAGACCUGAUUUUAAGUAUAUUUAUUUUGAAGAAAGUUCUAGUGAUGUCAAUAGCAAACCAUUCCUCUUACAAACACAAUCUAUGCUGAUUUGUUAAUCAGAUUUUUACUUAAACAAAUGAACAAACCAACAAACCUGGAAGUUACUUUUCCGAAAUAUUAAAAUUUGAUCGUACCACCAUCAAAUAAUUAAUCUACUAUAUUAGUAAUUUGUUUGGUGGUAUUGCAGUAACCAUAGCUGGCACAAAACCCGGUUGGUUCUAAUCAAGUUUGUAAACAAUGAUCUCUCUUAGAAUGUCAGGUCCAACAUUUUAGGAUUACUUCAUAACAAAGCUGUGUUUGUCUACUCAGCAAGCCAUUUUAGCCAAACUCAACUUCUUUGUGGGUGUACUAGCCAGAGGUUCACAGAAACAUCCAAGGAACCAAAGUGAAUUAAGAGUAUACUCUCUUGGAACUGCCUUUUGUAUUCACUUUGUGACUUCUUGUUAUCUUUAUAAGACCUGUGUCUGCAAACAUGCAUGUGUUUGCACUCAUAUCCUGUUUAUGUGUAUGUGUAAAACUGUAAUGUGUGAUGCAGAUCUGAGUCAAAAGAUUUAACUGCUACAAUUUCCCCCCACAACAGAAUCAUGAAUUCUCAUUUACCUUAUCAUCACCAUCAUUAUUUUGGCCUUGUAUAGUAGUGUCUUCUUCAUGGAACACAAAGGUGCUUUUAUUUUGUCAAAUUCUCUAUUAUACUAGGUCUUGCUACUUCACUACUGAAUAUAUAUAUAUAAUUUUAAACAUCAAAAAUCCAUACUUUAUGUUCUAAAUAUAAGUCACCAAUGUAUUUUAUAAGACUGUUUAGCUUCUUAGAAAGAAUUUAAUGCUAAGAGUUAUAUAUUGCACUGUGUCAGUGUCUGCCUGGUUUGGUUAUAAAUGAAAUGAUGUGACUAUAGAAUAAGGAUGUGCAAAGUAGAACUAAGCAGAUAGCAUGUUUACAUGUAAGCUAAUUCUGCAUUAAAAAAAUAAUUAUAGAUUUCAGGCAGAACCUUUCAGGUUCCUGAAAUACUCCUGGAACCUUUCAUGUCUCGAGUUAUUGUACAAAUCUAGGUUUAGAAUCUUUGUUCUCAGUAUGAAUUAAAACACUGUACAUACUGUUUGCAUGGUGACUGGUUGAGCUGUCAUGUAAUAUUUUAAUUUAUUGCAUAUGUUUAGUGAUUUAAGUUGUUCCUCAGGCUUUUCCUUCCUCUUGUUUUGUAAGUAAUGCCAAUUAGGCACUGUGGGGAAAGUCUACUUAAAAGUCUUCUGAACAAUCCAUUUUCACUGAAUGACAAUUUUGUCUCCGUGUAUGUAACAUACAGUGUAACCAUACCACUUACAUUUUGUGUGGCCGCACUGUGUAAAUAUAAAUGUAUUUUCAUUCUUUAUUGUGUUCUGUAGAUUUCAUAAGGCGAUAAUGUCUGCCCCAAGGAGCCACCUUUUAAAAAAACAAAAUAAAAGUUUUUAAAUUUAGUUGUUAUUAUGCUGAGUUUAUUUAAAAUACUGUAUGUCCAGUAUUUUCAGAAUGGCAAUAACUGCCAAUAAGAGAGGAAAAUAUACAUAGUGGGGUUGGGAGGAGACACAAACAUACUGUAAUAGCAGAGAAGGAAUUAAAGUACAGUAAUGGAGUUGGCUGGGAUGGCUCAAGGCAUUUUGUUUCCCGAGAUGAAGGAAAAGAUGGUGACUCCCAUACAAGAGUCAACCAGACCGGCAGCUGAAACCAAGGAAGGCUGUGUUCACACUUUCAUUUACUGUACACUCACUAUCUUUCUAGCACUCAUUUCACAUGACACUUUCACAAAUAUCAUGUGAACAUCCACAUUCACAUGACAUUUUCUAAAAUGCCUAUGUAUCCUAUACUUUGUUAUUAAACACUACUGUUUGAAUGCUGUUUCUCAAGCUAGUUUCACACCGCUUGGAGUCCUUAAGCCAUUUCUAACUCAUUUCUAGCAAAAGUGUUAACACCUUUGCAUAGGGUGUUAUGCCUUGUCACAUGCCCCCAGGUGUAUAAACAAACGGAAACUAUUUGAAGCCAGUGCUGAUGUGAACAGUUGGGGGGGGGGCAGCUGUGGUCCCUUGUACAUGGAUGGCAUACUUUAUCUGGCCACCACGGCUACUGGCAUAUCUCAAUGCACGUUUUCCUCCAAAAUAUAGGGUGUUUUCUAUAUGGGCAGAAGAAACUCAGAAGAAACAGCCAGGUCUGAGCGUCUCAUAUUUUAUGCAGGUUGAGAUCAGGAGCCAAGGUGGGGCAGGGAAGGGCAGCUGCCCCUCUAGAUCAAGUAAAGCAAUAGAAAUACUUAACUAACCAAUCAAGAAGGUUCUGCCCCCACCUAACAAAAGUCAUGCCAUCACUAACAAAAAUCCUGGCUACGCCCAUUAUCAGGAGUAGGUUAUCUUCACUCAACUAGAUUUUUAAAAAACCCAAACACACCCUCGAAUUCUUACAAUUGCUCUCAAAAUGGCUAGUUCCAGCGAUCCACUGGCGUUUCUGAGAAGCAGUACCCUCCAUGCACCCGCUCAAUGAAGUGCUUGGUCCCUACUAACAUUGUAUGGAAACAUUGCAGUACACUGUACAGUACUGUAUAACUACUGUACAUACAUUCAAAAAUGACAUUUUCCAUAUCUGUGGCUAUAGUACCCUCUAGGGGGGCUAAUGCUAACUACAAAUCUGUAUCUGAUUAGUACAAAACAGGUGAAUGGCGUGCGUUCUUCUUUUCAUGAGAUCAGAAAACAAGAGUUACAUUGCAGGAUGAAACAUGUACAGCUGCUCUUUGGUUUUUCCUGACCACUUAAAACUUAGGAAGGCGCUACCAAACGGGAACGAACAGCUUUGUUUCAAGCAUCAUCGCGCUUUACAGCUUCCUCUCAAUUUGUGAGAUGUUUCUGUGCCUGCUGGGAAGGAGCUCCUAUUUCAUUCCAUGGGGCUGACGCUGACUCUUAGGAAAGCAGGGUCAGUCAGGACUCAGGACUGUACCCUAAAACUCGUCCCCCGCCCCGCCCCGCCCCGCCCCGCCCCGCAAUAUUGGUUCCCUCUUAUCAAAGGUUACUGCACUUCGCUUUUAAAGAACGCACGAAAUGGCUCCUCCGAUUAGACCGGUCUCUACCUGGGGCGUACUGUAAUCAUGCAACGUUCAUGGGAAACCGACAAGCUAAGGGUUAACACAAUUGGCCCCGCCUACUUUUGCAUUCGCGCGCCGCCUCCCGCCUCUUGCAUCCAUUGCACCGCGGCAACCACGCUUCCGCAUUCCCGUGAUGCCCCGGGAUUGGCGAAGACAUUGUCCGGUGGGUUCCAGGCAAAAUGGAAAGGUAAUUUGGCCUCGGGGGAUGCCCUCAGGAGAGAAAGAGGUCUCUAUGACGGUGGCAGGCUUGUGCUGACAGCCUUAUUAACAUUGUCAUCUCAUUAACAUUCAGUCAGAAUGGACACUUUUCCGCAUAUCCUUUCAUCAGUGGGUGGAAGUGGAGAUCUUAGCUCACAAGCAGAAGUACAAAAACUGUUAAAUGAUGAAAGAAUGCGGUGUGAACACCAUAAAAACAAUUACCAAACUCUUAAAGCAGAACAUGCAAGGCUUCAGAAUGAAUAUACAAAAUCACAAAAUGAGCUCAAACAGUUGUUACGUGAAAAGCAAACUGUUCAUGAUAAAUUUCAGUGUCUGCUCAGUGAAUUCCGAGAUGAAUUGUUGGAUAAAUCAAGAGAAGUAGAGGAGUUAAAGAAGCAGGUAAUUACUCCACAGAAGUUGGAGUUGCUUAAAACAGACAUAAGAGACAACAUAGAAGCACCUCUGAAAGAGAACCUUCGGAAGCUAGAUAAAGAAGCAGAAAAAUGGAGAACAGAAUAUAACAAACUUCGCUAUGAACAUACCUUCCUUAAAUCAGAGUUUGAGCAUCAGAAAGAAGAGCAUGCCCAUAUUUUAGAAGAGAACAAAUUAAAAUAUGAAUCUGAGAUAACGAGACUUGGCAAAGAUAAAGAAGAAUUGCACAAUCAGCUGCUUAAUAUUGAUCCUACAAGAGAUGGCAAGCGUGUGGAAGCACUAUUAAGAGAAAAGGCUCAACUAGUUCAGAAAUUAAAGGGCUUUGAAGCAGAAGUAGCAGAACUAAGAGCUCAGAGGGAGAACUCUGGUAUGCAAGCGGAAAAUGUGCAGAGAAUACAGGUGCGACAGUUAACUGAGAUGCAAGCUACAACACGAUCCUUGGAGGCAGAAAAACAAUCCCUUAAGCUGCAGCUUGAACGCAUUGAAAAGGAUCUGCAGCUGAGCAGUGAGCAGAAUACACUCUUAAGAAGCAAGCUACAUAAAGCUGAACGAGAGAUCAGUGCCUUGACAACUAAAGUUGAAGAACUUAAGCAUUCACACAAGUUAGAAAUAACAAACAUCAAGCUGGAAGCGGCAAGAGCUAGGACUGAGAUAGAAAGAGAAAGAAACAAGAUUCAAAGUGAAAUAGAUGGUUUACACUCAGAUAAUGAAAUACGUAAGAAAACACUUGAGCAGCACAAGAUGCUUUUAAUAGAAAAGGAUCGUGAAUUGGUACGCAAAGUACAAGCUGCAGAAGAAGAAGGCUUCCAAAAACUUGCAGCAUUACAGGAGGAAAAGUUAGAACUUGAAGCCAGAUUAUCUGAACUGGAGAAAAUCAAAGUGGAGCAAGAUACUCAGAGGCAGUUGGAAAAGGAUGAGUACAAAGAGAAGUUAUCUGCUCUGCAGGUGGCAGAAGAAUCCAGCAGAAGGGAAAUAAAGGAUCUUAGGCUAAAGAUUCAACAGCAAACUAUUCAUUCUGAGGAGCUUGAAAAAGAGAGAAGUGAAAAUGCUAAUCUAAAGGGGCGCAUCCAAGAUUUGCAACUCCAAGUGGCUUCUCUGUCACAGUCAGAGAAUAAUUUUCUAGUUUCCAAUCAGAAACUGAAGGAAAUGAUGGAAAGAUUAAAACAUGAAUGUCAGAAUGCGAGAAGUCAAGCAGAAAGGGCUCAGUUAGAUUCAGAGAAAAAUUUGGAAGACAAACAUGUCGAAUGGCUAGAAGAAAAACAUAAACUUAUUCAGCGUAUUACAGAGGUAGAACAGAAGUAUGACCAAAUGAAAGAAAAAUUGCACCGGGCAGCAGUUGCUCAGAAAAAGAGGAAGACACUUAAUGACAAAAAGCAAAAGAGGUUACUGGAGAAGAUAGAGCUGUUGGAAGCCAAGAGAGAAGAACUGGAAACGGAAAACCAGGUGUUAAAUAGGCAGAAUGUUCCUUUUGAAGAACAUAUUCGCCUUCAGAAAAGACUAAAGGAUUUGCAGAGGAGACAUAACGAAUUCCGCAGGUUAAUUCUGUUUCCCAACAUCCCAGUGCUGAAUCAAGUAGGCUUAUUGUCUUCAACUCCGAUACCUGGAGCAGAGGCAUCCUUCCCUUUCUUGCCGGAGGAACAACAUCAAAAAGAGCUUUCCCUGCUUCGCAAGCGCUUGGAAGAACUAGAAACCACCCAGAGGAAACAGCUGCAAGAGCUUGAGGCCUCUACUGAACGAGCUCGGUCAGUAAUAAGCACGGACUCGAACUCUGAUAGACAUAAGCUUGUUGAAGAGUAUGGUCUACCAGCUGGGGAUGCCAAAUAAACACUUGACUCUAAAGCAUCAUAUACUUUUUGUCCUUUGCCAAAAACACACGCAGAAGUGCCUUGAAGUAGAGGAUAGACUGCAUCAUUUUCUAUAUUUUUAAUUGAUUGUUUUUUAAAAGUUACAACAGCAGUAGAAUUCAAGAAAAGAAUGAGGGGUGUGUGUGUGUGUGUGUGAGCUCUUCGAGUUUAGAUUAUAAGAGGAGAUCCAUUAUGUUGUACUAAACCUUUUUUUUCUAACGACUUUUCUCAAGUCACUUAGGGAGUGUAGUAGCUGUGUGGAAAAAUCCCCCUUUCCAGUUUGAUCAUGAAGUUCUCCAUAGUACUGUGAGCUUGAGGCUGGCAUCAUGCAAUUAAAAAUACUGAAACAACCCAGAACAUUAUUAGUUGAACCCUAACAACUAAAGGCAGGUAAAAUUCUGGGAAUUUGAUCUCUGCCUUUAUAAAGUACUUUAUUUUCUGCACUUUAAUAUGAUUAUAAAGGAUAUCAGAAGUAACAAUAUUUUAAAAUGAUUAUGAAUUAUGAAUAUAUGCUUUUUACCUUUAUAGAGAGAUGUGUGUGGUGCAAAACAAUUUUUGUUUGUUAACAAAAAAGUGAACAAAUCUAUUUAUUAUAAUAUAUUUUUGUAAAAUCGACUUCCUUGUUGUGUGUUAUUUAAUUGCAGCAGUGGUGUAAGAGCACUGAUUUUCUUAUUUUAAUACAGUCUAGGGGUUUUUUGUUCCUAAAAAGUGCCCUUGAUUACCAUGCAAAUAAUUUAAAAUGCAUCUGGUUCCUUUUCUUUGUGUAACAGUGAAAAUACAGCUUUUGUGAUGGCAUAUGUGUUGGAAGUUGCUCAGAGUUUCAUGCUAUUCACCUAAUGUCAUCCAGUUUUGGGUUCUAAUGGGGAACAAGCCAUGCAGGGGAACAAUCAUUUUUCUGGUGGUUCUAGAUAUUAUUUCAGAUAUGAAAUAACUUCCUCCUACAGUUUUGGAGACAGACUCAAAACUGAUUGUAGAUGAACUAUGGUGGCUCUGCCCCUCCCUGCUCUAAUCUAUACAACUCUUGUCAAGCAGUCCUGCAUGACAAUUCAUUAAAUUAGUUUUCACAAGCGGUUUGGUUAAUCUUAAAACUAUCAGGUAAUCACAGAGAAUCCAAAAGCUAUAGUUAUUGUUUUUGGCUGUGGUGAAUUUAUGCUAGUAUGUCUUGAGUAAUUGGGUCUAGGGAAGAAGUGGAAGAUUUCCUCAACAAACUGAUGUCUAGUGGAUGAAGAGAUCACCUCAAUUCCUGAGUCAUCGAUUAACAAGUAAAAGGAAUAUUCACAGUUCCUCUGACUGAUGCAAGAUAUUACCGUACAGUUAUCAAGCCAAUCAAAGGUCCUACAAGCAACAACACAGCUUGACACCUACAUUAGUUUCAUAAGUUACAGUUGAGGUUAAUAUCAGAUGAGCACUUUACAAAGCAGUUCUGCCAUGAAAAAAUACCUGCAAUGUUCCUGGUAAGACAACUAUCCUAUAGUGUUGACCACUGUUUGUGACUCUUCCCACUCAUUUGUAUUGCCUGGAGAAGUGACCUGCAAAUUUGCUUCCCAAUGCCAAGAUAGUUGUAUUAAUUUCAUUAAUUGUAAUGUUUUGUGAAUGUAAUGCUUUUUACAUACACUUAAGCUUUAUUGUGAUUGUCACAGUCUGCACUUCUAGCAUUUCUAACCUGCCAACUUAGCAUAACACUUCAUGCUUCUGCUGAAAUGGAUGGUGGGCCAUGAAAGCCAAAGACUACUGUAGCUACCCCAGCUGGAAAACACGCAUGUACUUGCAAAGCUACGUAGAAUUUAUUUUGGUAAUCCUUCCAUUUAUCUAGAAUUUUAAAAAAUAUGAACAACUGCAGGUACAAAAUAAAUCAGAGCACCCUUUUCUGCCUCAGAAAAAGGGUCAAUUAAAAAUACCUUAAUACUUAGUGGUCCCUGAGUUUGUUUUGAAACUUAUCUGUUGUCUAUGCAGGGGGAAGAAAUGCUUAGAACAUAGAUAAUGCUGGACACAGCUAUAGCAAUUGAAAAUUUCAGUGGGAUGUGAGCCAGCCAAUCCAUUCUGCAUGCUUCUCCACAAGAAGCCUGAGCAUCCAAGAAGUCAAAAAAAUAUUUCACAGCAACUGGGGCUUUAUUGUUUGGUAAAGUCCAAAUGCUCCUAAACAGCUCUUCAACAACUGAGUGAAUUGCAACCUUUGAAAGAAAGAAAAAGGCGAUGCUUUUAUUGCUUAGACAAAAGAGUUUCUGAGAUGUAAAUUAACAAAACAACGAGCUCCAUCUAUCAAGGACAAUUUGUGCAACAAGAAUGGAGCUGAACAUUCUUCAGUCACCCAUUCAAGACUGGCACUAUCACAAUGUAUAAAAGCCAUUUCUCAGUGUUUUCUUAUACUUCAGAUCCAUCUCAAUGGAAGGGGCAGCUCUGUAUGCAUCUGUACACAAUAAUUCCCUUUUCAUGUAAAUGAAUGGGGAAGCCCAGUUGAGCUGCAUGUGCCAAGAAGGAAAAACAGAUGUAGGUGGUUACUAUAGAUUCUACAAUCUCAUUCUGUGUUUUUAAGUCACAUCAGUUAAUUGCUGCCCCUUUGUGAAGCUUCUUAAUCUUAUCUUUUCUGGCCUAGCCUGAAAUAAAGUUCAGCACUUACCUUUGUAGAAAGGAGUUUAGUAAGAUACAUUUCCUUCACUUUGAAUUUUUGUUUUCCUUUGUGUUUUGCACCCUGUGUAUCUUUGGCUGCUUCAGAAUCUGGUAAUAUCUGUAAGAAAGGUUUACAUAAAUGUGUAUGCAGUUUCAGUGCUUAAGGGGGGUAAUAAUAUAUAACAAAAACAUCUAGUUGUCCGAUAUUGCUGACUUACCAGAUGGCAAUAGUCGUUCGGGUAUUCCCCAUCUGAGAAACAUGCUUAAAGGGGAAGAGAGAGAAUGAAUGAAAUGCACACAGUGAAAGGGAUUGUGCAGUUGCCAAGAAAGGACAUCCAGGUAAUCCAUGUUUAAUUAUAUUCCUGUGCAGGACCUUGAGGUUGCGUAAUUGCCACCCUGUGCUCCUUUGGGAGGAAGGGCGGGAUAUAAAUGUAAUAAAUACACAACGUAAUUCCCACCACUCUGUGCAGUAAGAAGACAGGCCAAAUAAAUUAUCUGUAUCAUUGGCUUUACUGCUCCCUUUUGCCAGCUGCUGUCACAAAAUAUCAUCCCAGCCCUCUGGGAGCAGGAAGAAAAGCAGAAUGAAACAUCUGCUGUAGCAUUCUGUUGCAUUCGUGAAACCAACCCUGCAUCAAUCUGAUGUGUAAAAUUACAAAUUUCUCUUGUGCCUUGUCUACUUUGGCCUUAAAUGGAACCUCUAUAUUCUCUGCAAACAUACAAGAAAGGGUAAUAUUAUCUUUAUGACCUACAUAAGCUUCCCUGAAGCAUCUGGCUGUAUGCUUAAUGAUCUUUUAGACUAAUCGGAGCUUAUUCCAAAAUGGGGAGCCUGUGGCCCUCCUGAUGUUACUUGAAAUCAGUCCCAGCCAGUAUGGCUAAUGGUUCAAGAUGGGGGGAGUUGUAGCCCAACAUCUGGAGGGCCACGGGUUCCCCAUCCUUGUGAGUUUCUUCAACUUAUUCUUUUUAUAGAUCAUAAAACUGGGCCCUUCGCAUAAACCAGGGGUCGGUAAGGUUUACCUCGCCUGGGCUGGUUAACUCCAGCAGAGAUCCCUCUAUGGGCCGGAUUGUGCAUGCGGCUGUGAUUUCCAGCGUCGGUGUCUGAGCAUGCGCAGACAUGACUUCCGGCACUGCAGAAGCGAGUCCCCGCACUGCGCUGUGCCAGUUUAGCGCAGUGUGUGAGGACUUGCCAAGCGGGCAGCUUGGUUCGGGGGUAGCUCGUGGGCUGGUUAAACGACCCCCAUGGGCCUUAGGUUGUCUACCCCUGGCAUAAACUGCUGCUUAAGAACUAUGGCUCAAAUGAUCUGCUAUAUACUCAUAGCUCUAUAAAACCCAUUACAGUGGGGGCAGGAAACUGUUCAUAUGUAGCUGGACUACAACUUCUGCUAUCCCUGACCAUUGGCCUCUCUGGCUGUAGCUGGUGGGCAUUGCAGUCCAACAACCUAUGGAAGGAUCCCCCAUCCUGCCAUCACAAUUAUAUAAAUCAGGCUUGCAUUGCUUUCAGUACCUGAUAGAUCUGUUUUUUUCUUAAAGAUUUUAAUAGUUUCUCCAUCUGAAAUCUGAAAAGGAAAUAAAACAGCUUUUGUAAUAUGUAUUUUUUCUGCAACUACAUGGUUCCUCAAAGUUCACAUGAUCUACUGUAUGUGACUUGUUACUUCAUUCCCAGCCAGCACAGGCCCAUACACAGCACAGAUCAAAGAAUGCUUUAUGUUCUGUGUUCAUUUCCCCACUCUGAGGCUUCCUAAGUGCAAAGUUUCUAUUCUGAUGCAGCCAGCCAGCCAUGCAAUGAAGGCUGACAUUCCUUUUUUAAAAUCAUUUUUAUUAAUUUUCCAAUAAAAACAGCCAAUUAACAUAUCCAUAAUCAUAAUCCAAUUAAAAACAAUAAAUUUAAAAAACCAAAUUACAGUCCUAAUUAUUAAUUUUUCCAGGCUCCCCAUAGUCUGGACCUCUUGAAGUAUAUCUCCUAUAUCUUCAUUCCUGCCUUCUUCUUGUUAUUCUCAUAUUUUCCACAUUCCAAUCUUAACGCUUUAAAGUUCUCCGUCCCUGGCUAUGCAAUUCUCAAUCAUGUCAGAAAUCAUAUAUCCUUGAUGCAGCUUGACAAUCUCGGACUAUCUGCAGGUCUAGGAGACAGUCCUCCCCCACCCUGGGGAGUCUGCCAGGGCUAAUUACCCGCAUAUCAACCCUGAAUCAUCGGCAUACAAUUAUCCGAUUGUAUGGGAGUCAGCCAUUUCUCACCGCCGGAAACAGGAAGCCGAAGGCUGACGUUCCUAAAGGGCCUUAUAUUUUGGGAUGUGUGCAAUACUUUUUUAAAAAUGUAAUGUGAUGUACUUAUUUGAAAGCACAUGUAUCAUAAUGACUGCUUAGGCAUAAACUGGUCACAUUCCACUGCAUGAGGUAUGUGCUGAAGCAUGCAGUCCAGGUUUUCCCAUUAAUCAAGUGGGACAACAAACCUUGGAAUGGCUGGAUUAAGAGUUCCAACCAAAACAGUGCUCAUAGGCUGUUAAAACCAUAAACAUUCUGAUGAGCCAGGCUGUUAUCCAUAUAAUGGGUCCAAAAGUAAUCCAGCUGAUAGCUGCAGUGCUCAGCAGUUGAAUGCUGUGUGUUUGAAAACACAGUGCUUCCAUAUUGCUACUCAGUUACUGAAAUGACUUGCACAGAAUAGGAUGCCUUCCAAAAAUGGGGAAAAGUGAAUCACAGUGCAGCAGCUGGCCCAGUGUAAAGCUUAUACUUUGCCAAUAGAAUCCUGCAGUUACACCAAAAUUUACGAAGUGCAUGAAAAAUAGAUUUUGCUCAACUGAUGAAGUGUUUUAUGACCUGAAACAGGAAAUUUACAAAAACUGAAAUACGAAGAACAUAAAAAACUGCAUUUGUUUUUCUCUUUUACUAUCGGACUAUCCAUCCAGCAAAAUAUUACCAAGGCCAAAUGGCAGUGUCUCUCCCAAAUCACAGGCAGCUGUUACUGAAAUCUUUAAGUAGAGAUGGCAGUGAUUAAAACUGGAACCUUAUGCAUGCACAGCUUAAUCUUUACUACUGAGCUAUAGGGCUUUCCCCAAAUACAAAUAAAAGAACAUGAAGCACAGCCAAGCAGAGGCAAAAUGAAGAUAGCAAAAACAAAGUAAAGAUAGC